UUUUUUUUUUUUUUUUUAAAUAUUUGACAACGCGUUAGCUUUUAAUUAUGUGAACACUGUCCGAUUGAAGGUUUUUUGUUUUGUUUGCUUUAUUUUAAAUCAUUAUAUUUAAAUAUUAUUUACAACAUAAUUAUAGUAUUUGGUUAACCUCGAGAUUUACGUUGAUUCUUGUUGCUUAUUUUAGACCUGUUGUAAGUGGCAGUAGGUGAAUUAAGUAAAAAUAAUAAUUUCAUAUUCUUAUUUCAGGUUGGUGUCUGGGAGAAAUGGCUACCUGACAGUCCUUACUCAGGGAUAUUAAAAACACUAGCACCCCAGUCGACCUUCACAGCGUUUUGAUCAGCCUUUUUAUGUCAUCUACAGUGUAAUUUCAAUGCAUUAAUUUGCUUGGGCUCUUAAACGACUUUUGAUUAUUGCUUCAACAAGAUUCGCACUCAAAGAUCUAUUUAUGUAUUUUGUUGAAGCUUCUAGAUAGCUGACAUUCCCAGCUACAGCGCCCCUUCAGGUGAAGCCUUUUAUAGCCCUGUUUGGUGUUGCCAGGAGACUUCUUAAAACAGAAACAAGUCCCUCCUGAAUGUUUUCUUCCCCUGCAGAACUUUUACGACUGGAAGUUAUGGAAAACUCUAAUGAGGUGGAUCAGUCUCAUGAAAGGGAGAGGCUCAAGAUGAGGAUUGCUGUUUUGGAGGAAAGUGUGAAGUCCUGUGAGGUGGAGUGUAAAUCCAGCAGAGAGACGGUGCUGAGGCUGGUGGCAGAGCUGGACCGAGAGAGGAGGAAGACUGCCAGCAGUGCAUCAGCGCUCGAUUCACUCAAAGUGGAGUUAGAUGGCCUGGUAGAGGGAAGGAGGAGUGUAGAGAUGGAGAAGGGAUCCCUAAUGGAGAGGGUGGAGGCAAGCAAACGGGUCGUAGAGGCUGCCAGGCGAGAGUCCCAUUGUUUGGAGAAACAGGUGAAGGAGUUUGAGAGAAAGCUACAGUCGAGCCAAGGAGAAACUCAAAGAGCUGGGGAGAAACUGCAGAUGUUCCUGGAAAAGGUGGUAGGUCUGCUGCAGGGGAAGUCUGAGAACGUCAUCCUGCCCACAGAGGAAGAUGUUCUAUACACAUUGGACAACCUCUGCAAUAAGUCCUUUCCAGAGAUGGAGGCCCGUCUGUGUCAUUUCUCUGAGGAGCUCAGCGAGCAGACGGAGAUUCAGCACAGUGCACUUCAGAGGGCUCAGCUUGCAGAGCAGCAAGUCCAGGACCUGAGGGAGAGACUGCAAGCUCUGGAGACCGAGCUGCUGACUGCAGACAUGCAGCAUGACGGACUGAGACAUCGCAAACUGCAUUAUGAAGAGUUCCUGGAGCAGCUGUCAGAGAUGAUGAAGGUUGACAGUAUCGCAGUGGAUCUUGGGUUCGACAUGAGGCUUAAACUCAUCCUGUCACGAGCAGAGCAGCUUGUUAAACAAGAGACAACUGCUUUGGUGGAGAACAAAAGUCUGAGCUACAGUCUACAGAGAAAGUUAAAGGCGCAGAAAGACCAACUUGACAGCAAAGGCCUCCACAUCCAGCUUCUUAGGAAGAAGGUGUCAGAGCUGGAGGAGGAGAAGAGGAGCAGAUCAGCGCUGGCCGUGGAACGAGAUGAUGCUCAUCUGGAGGCCAGGAGGCUGCAAAAACAACUGCAGCGUCUCCAAGGCGAGCUGAAGGCUAGCAGGCAGUCCAAGACUGAGCUCAAGGCCCAGCUGUCCCAUACCAAUGAGCUCAAGUUGAAAGUGAUGGAGCAGAGUCAGACUGUGCAGGAGCAGAAAAAGAGGCUGGAUCAGCUGGUGGAGGGGAAGGCCAAGGUGGAGAAGAAGCUGAACACAGUGAGCUUAGACCUACAGAGUCAAGAGCUGAAGACCAGAGAGGACCAGCAACAGCUCAACACCCUGAGACAGAGCCUGGCUCAGCUCUCUGAGAGGGAGAGAGAGCUGGUAGACUUCCAAAUGGUUGUUUCCAAAAUGUUGGGUGUGGAUGACACAAACCUGGCUCUUCCAAAUUAUGAAAUCAUCAAACUACUGGAGACCCUUCUUCACUCUCAUCACCACCACCACCUCCUUCAUCAUCAUGUCAAUAUGCCCUGGCACUGUCCUACUCACCAGAGGCCUCAUCUCCCUCAAAUCCUGGACCUUCAGCACAGCUCCUCCUUGGAUCUUUCUGCUUCCAGGUCUACUUUUCAAGACAAUGCAGUUCCCUUUCAGGAAGCCUGACAUUGAUUAUGCCAAACUGGACUAUCAAAGUAAAGGUUUCUAUCUAAAAACUAUAAGAAAUCUGACCUUAUAGAGUAUAAAAUGAUCCACCAAACACCAUGUUUUCUGUUUGUGUUUUCAGGAAAAGCUCAGAGUAAAUAUGAUUCAUUCAAAUGUGAAAAAUAUACACA